AUGACCGCUCAGUCAAAACCCGAUGCGGACAACAGUAUCACAGGAAAUGCCACCAUUUCCGUCCCAACCGAAUCAACAAGUCAAUUUCCCUCUAUCAUAGAACAACUCGUCAACUUUCGAGAUCCACAUUUCAAGAUCGAUGAUAUCACCAAUCAAUGUCUAUGGAUAGAUGUCGAAACUUCCGGCAGUUUGAUUCAGGCCAAUCCACGAUUCCCUCGUACUUUCGUUCAUUCCAACAACUUCAUCGAUCAUAUACUCCCUCAGAGUUUAAGACGAGUUUGUCAGAUGCUCGAGCGGGCGCCAAAAGCUCUUUCCGAAGUUUCAUAUCAACUGUCAACGAUUUCAUCGAGAGCAGCGCGUAGUGAGGGCACUCAUCUUUGGGGCGAUCAACACGUGGGUACUCUCUUGGGGGAGAUAUAUGUAGAACUAUUUGGGCAAUUGUCAUGCUCUCCCGACUGCAGCGACGUCGUCAAGACGAUGAAUUCGAGGAUAAAAGCACGCAGAUGGAGGACCGUGUUGCAAAGAUUUGUUUCCAACGAGUACUCAAGACUUGUCCUUGAAGACGACCCAUAUUCGGAUGCAGCGGUGAAAAGGGCCAUCAUCGAGAUUCGUUCCGAGAAGACGGUCCCUACUGGGGUCUUCAAAGCUAUUGUUCGAGCCGUUCGUUCAGGCCGAGUGAAGGUUGAUGAGAAUGGACAAGCAGUCAUCACCAGGAGGGUGUUCCGUAAGGCUUUGGGUGUCAAGAAUGUGGAUAACGUCCAACGUCUGUUAACUCAUAUGUGGUGUCAGAUGUUACAUAAUCGAGUUCGUCUUGCUCUUCUCACCUCACACGAGUGUACUCUAGUAUUAUACAUCGACAACGGCGGCAUUCAAGUCAGCGACAAUAUCCGUCUAGAUGGGACGUCCGUUGCGUCACCAUGUCGAGCUCUGCAACCUUUAUAUUUUGCGAUUAGCUCCGGUGAUCCCGACAUCUUCACUCCGCCUUCUCAUCUCUUUCAAGGGUCGGCUGUCAGUCAGGCCGUGGAGCCGAUGAACCUCAACUGGGCAUGCUACCCCAAUUACGAAGCACCCACUCGGAUACUAUCAUUCACAUCUGCAUUGGCAGUGAGGGGAUCGCCAUCAAGUUUUGAAUCGUACAAUGAUCCGUCUUCACCCGUGCAAGACGAAGCCUCAGUGGAGCAACUUGGCUCGCCAUCUCUCUACACUCGCUUAUCACCUGAGUAUACCAUCGAGAAGGUCAGAGAAGAAGAGUAUUCCCACUCUCUCUUACGAGCCCGACGGUGGCCGGCACUUCUACAUGGUCCAGUACCACCUGAUAUCCUGCAAGGCGACUCUCUUCCCGUGCUCCGUCCCAACAAUAGAACCGACCGCUUUCGCUUGAAGAAUCUCCUCCAUCCGAAAGCAUCACGUUAUGCCCCUAGCAGACGCGGCGAUGAGCGACCAUUGGUAUUUCAGCCUCAAGCAGCGAAUCUCGAAGAGAUAUUGUCUGUUGGAGCGGUUUGGGAUGUUUUUCGCUUGACCUGUCCGCCUCAAAGCGUCCCUUUUCCCUUCCCACUCAUCGGCAAGGUCAUCACGAUAGAGUGCUUCGAAGUAGAGACAGACCCAAUGCAAGACUAUGAUCAGUGGCGCCGAGGAGGACUCUCUCAAGAUCAGGUUCGCGCCAAGGUCAAGAAUGAGUAUCGCGUUUUGGUGGAGAUUGGAAAGCUCGAUCCUCCCAUCGUGCCCCGGAUCGUGGGACUAUGGGGCAGCUUACAGAGGGAUUUUCAGGUCUGGAUGAUGGUCAUGGAAGAUGCCGGAGAAGAGAUUGAACUAAGUCCAAGCGAAGAAGAUGCAAACUCACUCGCAGUGCUGCCAUCUUCGCCUUAUACGACCGGCUCCACGCCGCUGGCUAUCUUCAUGGCGAUGUCUCCCCACGGCACCUUCGUCGUCGCCCCCAGUCUGCGUCAGAACCAUCAGCGAUACGAUUAA